AUGGCGUGGGGUGCUCGCACAUACCUGCAAGCUCGCACAUACCUGCAAGCUCGCACAUACCUGCAAGCUCGCACAUACCUGCAAGCUCGCACAUACCUGCAAGCUCGCACAUACCUGCAAGCUCGCACAUACCUGCAAGCUCGCACAUACCUGCAAGCUCGCACAUACCUGCAAGCUCGCACAUACCUGCAAGCUCGCACAUACCUGCAAGCUCGCACAUACCUGCAAGCUCGCACAUACCUGCAAGCUCGCACAUACCUGCAAGCUCGCACAUACCUGCAAGCUCGCACAUACCUGCAAGCUCGCACAUACCUGCAAGCUCGCACAUACCUGCAAGCUCGCACAUACCUGCAAGCUCGCACAUACCUGCAAGCUCGCACAUACCUGCAAGCUCGCACAUACCUGCAAGCUCGCACAUACCUGCAAGCUCGCACAUACCUGCAAGCUCGCACAUACCUGCAAGCUCGCACAUACCUGCAAGCUCGCACAUACCUGCAAGCUCGCACAUACCUGCAAGCUCGCACAUACCUGCAAGCUCGCACAUACCUGCAAGCUCGCACAUACCUGCAAGCUCGCACAUACCUGCAAGCUCGCACAUACCUGCAAGCUCGCACAUACCUGCAAGCUCGCACAUACCUGCAAGCUCGCACAUACCUGCAAGCUCGCACAUACCUGCAAGCUCGCACAUACCUGCAAGCUCGCACAUACCUGCAAGCUCGCACAUACCUGCAAGCUCGCACAUACCUGCAAGCUCGCACAUACCUGCAAGCUCGCACAUACCUGCAAGCUCGCACAUACCUGCAAGCUCGCACAUACCUGCAAGCUCGCACAUACCUGCAAGCUCGCACAUACCUGCAAGCUCGCACAUACCUGCAAGCUCGCACAUACCUGCAAGCUCGCACAUACCUGCAAGCUCGCACAUACCUGCAAGCUCGCACAUACCUGCAAGCUCGCACAUACCUGCAAGCUCGCACAUACCUGCAAGCUCGCACAUACCUGCAAGCUCGCACAUACCUGCAAGCUCGCACAUACCUGCAAGCUCGCACAUACCUGCAAGCUCGCACAUACCUGCAAGCUCGCACAUACCUGCAAGCUCGCACAUACCUGCAAGCUCGCACAUACCUGCAAGCUCGCACAUACCUGCAAGCUCGCACAUACCUGCAAGCUCGCACAUACCUGCAAGCUCGCACAUACCUGCAAGCUCGCACAUACCUGCAAGCUCGCACAUACCUGCAAGCUCGCACAUACCUGCAAGCUCGCACAUACCUGCAAGCUCGCACAUACCUGCAAGCUCGCACAUACCUGCAAGCUCGCACAUACCUGCAAGCUCGCACAUACCUGCAAGCUCGCACAUACCUGCAAGCUCGCACAUACCUGCAAGCUCGCACAUACCUGCAAGCUCGCACAUACCUGCAAGCUCGCACAUACCUGCAAGCUCGCACAUACCUGCAAGCUCGCACAUACCUGCAAGCUCGCACAUACCUGCAAGCUCGCACAUACCUGCAAGCUCGCACAUACCUGCAAGCUCGCACAUACCUGCAAGCUCGCACAUACCUGCAAGCUCGCACAUACCUGCAAGCUCGCACAUACCUGCAAGCUCGCACAUACCUGCAAGCUCGCACAUACCUGCAAGCUCGCACAUACCUGCAAGCUCGCACAUACCUGCAAGCUCGCACAUACCUGCAAGCUCGCACAUACCUGCAAGCUCGCACAUACCUGCAAGCUCGCACAUACCUGCAAGCUCGCACAUACCUGCAAGCUCGCACAUACCUGCAAGCUCGCACAUACCUGCAAGCUCGCACAUACCUGCAAGCUCGCACAUACCUGCAAGCUCGCACAUACCUGCAAGCUCGCACAUACCUGCAAGCUCGCACAUACCUGCAAGCUCGCACAUACCUGCAAGCUCGCACAUACCUGCAAGCUCGCACAUACCUGCAAGCUCGCACAUACCUGCAAGCUCGCACAUACCUGCAAGCUCGCACAUACCUGCAAGCUCGCACAUACCUGCAAGCUCGCACAUACCUGCAAGCUCGCACAUACCUGCAAGCUCGCACAUACCUGCAAGCUCGCACAUACCUGCAAGCUCGCACAUACCUGCAAGCUCGCACAUACCUGCAAGCUCGCACAUACCUGCAAGCUCGCACAUACCUGCAAGCUCGCACAUACCUGCAAGCUCGCACAUACCUGCAAGCUCGCACAUACCUGCAAGCUCGCACAUACCUGCAAGCUCGCACAUACCUGCAAGCUCGCACAUACCUGCAAGCUCGCACAUACCUGCAAGCUCGCACAUACCUGCAAGCUCGCACAUACCUGCAAGCUCGCACAUACCUGCAAGCUCGCACAUACCUGCAAGCUCGCACAUACCUGCAAGCUCGCACAUACCUGCAAGCUCGCACAUACCUGCAAGCUCGCACAUACCUGCAAGCUCGCACAUACCUGCAAGCUCGCACAUACCUGCAAGCUCGCACAUACCUGCAAGCUCGCACAUACCUGCAAGCUCGCACAUACCUGCAAGCUCGCACAUACCUGCAAGCUCGCACAUACCUGCAAGCUCGCACAUACCUGCAAGCUCGCACAUACCUGCAAGCUCGCACAUACCUGCAAGCUCGCACAUACCUGCAAGCUCGCACAUACCUGCAAGCUCGCACAUACCUGCAAGCUCGCACAUACCUGCAAGCUCGCACAUACCUGCAAGCUCGCACAUACCUGCAAGCUCGCACAUACCUGCAAGCUCGCACAUACCUGCAAGCUCGCACAUACCUGCAAGCUCGCACAUACCUGCAAGCUCGCACAUACCUGCAAGCUCGCACAUACCUGCAAGCUCGCACAUACCUGCAAGCUCGCACAUACCUGCAAGCUCGCACAUACCUGCAAGCUCGCACAUACCUGCAAGCUCGCACAUACCUGCAAGCUCGCACAUACCUGCAAGCUCGCACAUACCUGCAAGCUCGCACAUACCUGCAAGCUCGCACAUACCUGCAAGCUCGCACAUACCUGCAAGCUCGCACAUACCUGCAAGCUCGCACAUACCUGCAAGCUCGCACAUACCUGCAAGCUCGCACAUACCUGCAAGCUCGCACAUACCUGCAAGCUCGCACAUACCUGCAAGCUCGCACAUACCUGCAAGCUCGCACAUACCUGCAAGCUCGCACAUACCUGCAAGCUCGCACAUACCUGCAAGCUCGCACAUACCUGCAAGCUCGCACAUACCUGCAAGCUCGCACAUACCUGCAAGCUCGCACAUACCUGCAAGCUCGCACAUACCUGCAAGCUCGCACAUACCUGCAAGCUCGCACAUACCUGCAAGCUCGCACAUACCUGCAAGCUCGCACAUACCUGCAAGCUCGCACAUACCUGCAAGCUCGCACAUACCUGCAAGCUCGCACAUACCUGCAAGCUCGCACAUACCUGCAAGCUCGCACAUACCUGCAAGCUCGCACAUACCUGCAAGCUCGCACAUACCUGCAAGCUCGCACAUACCUGCAAGCUCGCACAUACCUGCAAGCUCGCACAUACCUGCAAGCUCGCACAUACCUGCAAGCUCGCACAUACCUGCAAGCUCGCACAUACCUGCAAGCUCGCACAUACCUGCAAGCUCGCACAUACCUGCAAGCUCGCACAUACCUGCAAGCUCGCACAUACCUGCAAGCUCGCACAUACCUGCAAGCUCGCACAUACCUGCAAGCUCGCACAUACCUGCAAGCUCGCACAUACCUGCAAGCUCGCACAUACCUGCAAGCUCGCACAUACCUGCAAGCUCGCACAUACCUGCAAGCUCGCACAUACCUGCAAGCUCGCACAUACCUGCAAGCUCGCACAUACCUGCAAGCUCGCACAUACCUGCAAGCUCGCACAUACCUGCAAGCUCGCACAUACCUGCAAGCUCGCACAUACCUGCAAGCUCGCACAUACCUGCAAGCUCGCACAUACCUGCAAGCUCGCACAUACCUGCAAGCUCGCACAUACCUGCAAGCUCGCACAUACCUGCAAGCUCGCACAUACCUGCAAGCUCGCACAUACCUGCAAGCUCGCACAUACCUGCAAGCUCGCACAUACCUGCAAGCUCGCACAUACCUGCAAGCUCGCACAUACCUGCAAGCUCGCACAUACCUGCAAGCUCGCACAUACCUGCAAGCUCGCACAUACCUGCAAGCUCGCACAUACCUGCAAGCUCGCACAUACCUGCAAGCUCGCACAUACCUGCAAGCUCGCACAUACCUGCAAGCUCGCACAUACCUGCAAGCUCGCACAUACCUGCAAGCUCGCACAUACCUGCAAGCUCGCACAUACCUGCAAGCUCGCACAUACCUGCAAGCUCGCACAUACCUGCAAGCUCGCACAUACCUGCAAGCUCGCACAUACCUGCAAGCUCGCACAUACCUGCAAGCUCGCACAUACCUGCAAGCUCGCACAUACCUGCAAGCUCGCACAUACCUGCAAGCUCGCACAUACCUGCAAGCUCGCACAUACCUGCAAGCUCGCACAUACCUGCAAGCUCGCACAUACCUGCAAGCUCGCACAUACCUGCAAGCUCGCACAUACCUGCAAGCUCGCACAUACCUGCAAGCUCGCACAUACCUGCAAGCUCGCACAUACCUGCAAGCUCGCACAUACCUGCAAGCUCGCACAUACCUGCAAGCUCGCACAUACCUGCAAGCUCGCACAUACCUGCAAGCUCGCACAUACCUGCAAGCUCGCACAUACCUGCAAGCUCGCACAUACCUGCAAGCUCGCACAUACCUGCAAGCUCGCACAUACCUGCAAGCUCGCACAUACCUGCAAGCUCGCACAUACCUGCAAGCUCGCACAUACCUGCAAGCUCGCACAUACCUGCAAGCUCGCACAUACCUGCAAGCUCGCACAUACCUGCAAGCUCGCACAUACCUGCAAGCUCGCACAUACCUGCAAGCUCGCACAUACCUGCAAGCUCGCACAUACCUGCAAGCUCGCACAUACCUGCAAGCUCGCACAUACCUGCAAGCUCGCACAUACCUGCAAGCUCGCACAUACCUGCAAGCUCGCACAUACCUGCAAGCUCGCACAUACCUGCAAGCUCGCACAUACCUGCAAGCUCGCACAUACCUGCAAGCUCGCACAUACCUGCAAGCUCGCACAUACCUGCAAGCUCGCACAUACCUGCAAGCUCGCACAUACCUGCAAGCUCGCACAUACCUGCAAGCUCGCACAUACCUGCAAGCUCGCACAUACCUGCAAGCUCGCACAUACCUGCAAGCUCGCACAUACCUGCAAGCUCGCACAUACCUGCAAGCUCGCACAUACCUGCAAGCUCGCACAUACCUGCAAGCUCGCACAUACCUGCAAGCUCGCACAUACCUGCAAGCUCGCACAUACCUGCAAGCUCGCACAUACCUGCAAGCUCGCACAUACCUGCAAGCUCGCACAUACCUGCAAGCUCGCACAUACCUGCAAGCUCGCACAUACCUGCAAGCUCGCACAUACCUGCAAGCUCGCACAUACCUGCAAGCUCGCACAUACCUGCAAGCUCGCACAUACCUGCAAGCUCGCACAUACCUGCAAGCUCGCACAUACCUGCAAGCUCGCACAUACCUGCAAGCUCGCACAUACCUGCAAGCUCGCACAUACCUGCAAGCUCGCACAUACCUGCAAGCUCGCACAUACCUGCAAGCUCGCACAUACCUGCAAGCUCGCACAUACCUGCAAGCUCGCACAUACCUGCAAGCUCGCACAUACCUGCAAGCUCGCACAUACCUGCAAGCUCGCACAUACCUGCAAGCUCGCACAUACCUGCAAGCUCGCACAUACCUGCAAGCUCGCACAUACCUGCAAGCUCGCACAUACCUGCAAGCUCGCACAUACCUGCAAGCUCGCACAUACCUGCAAGCUCGCACAUACCUGCAAGCUCGCACAUACCUGCAAGCUCGCACAUACCUGCAAGCUCGCACAUACCUGCAAGCUCGCACAUACCUGCAAGCUCGCACAUACCUGCAAGCUCGCACAUACCUGCAAGCUCGCACAUACCUGCAAGCUCGCACAUACCUGCAAGCUCGCACAUACCUGCAAGCUCGCACAUACCUGCAAGCUCGCACAUACCUGCAAGCUCGCACAUACCUGCAAGCUCGCACAUACCUGCAAGCUCGCACAUACCUGCAAGCUCGCACAUACCUGCAAGCUCGCACAUACCUGCAAGCUCGCACAUACCUGCAAGCUCGCACAUACCUGCAAGCUCGCACAUACCUGCAAGCUCGCACAUACCUGCAAGCUCGCACAUACCUGCAAGCUCGCACAUACCUGCAAGCUCGCACAUACCUGCAAGCUCGCACAUACCUGCAAGCUCGCACAUACCUGCAAGCUCGCACAUACCUGCAAGCUCGCACAUACCUGCAAGCUCGCACAUACCUGCAAGCUCGCACAUACCUGCAAGCUCGCACAUACCUGCAAGCUCGCACAUACCUGCAAGCUCGCACAUACCUGCAAGCUCGCACAUACCUGCAAGCUCGCACAUACCUGCAAGCUCGCACAUACCUGCAAGCUCGCACAUACCUGCAAGCUCGCACAUACCUGCAAGCUCGCACAUACCUGCAAGCUCGCACAUACCUGCAAGCUCGCACAUACCUGCAAGCUCGCACAUACCUGCAAGCUCGCACAUACCUGCAAGCUCGCACAUACCUGCAAGCUCGCACAUACCUGCAAGCUCGCACAUACCUGCAAGCUCGCACAUACCUGCAAGCUCGCACAUACCUGCAAGCUCGCACAUACCUGCAAGCUCGCACAUACCUGCAAGCUCGCACAUACCUGCAAGCUCGCACAUACCUGCAAGCUCGCACAUACCUGCAAGCUCGCACAUACCUGCAAGCUCGCACAUACCUGCAAGCUCGCACAUACCUGCAAGCUCGCACAUACCUGCAAGCUCGCACAUACCUGCAAGCUCGCACAUACCUGCAAGCUCGCACAUACCUGCAAGCUCGCACAUACCUGCAAGCUCGCACAUACCUGCAAGCUCGCACAUACCUGCAAGCUCGCACAUACCUGCAAGCUCGCACAUACCUGCAAGCUCGCACAUACCUGCAAGCUCGCACAUACCUGCAAGCUCGCACAUACCUGCAAGCUCGCACAUACCUGCAAGCUCGCACAUACCUGCAAGCUCGCACAUACCUGCAAGCUCGCACAUACCUGCAAGCUCGCACAUACCUGCAAGCUCGCACAUACCUGCAAGCUCGCACAUACCUGCAAGCUCGCACAUACCUGCAAGCUCGCACAUACCUGCAAGCUCGCACAUACCUGCAAGCUCGCACAUACCUGCAAGCUCGCACAUACCUGCAAGCUCGCACAUACCUGCAAGCUCGCACAUACCUGCAAGCUCGCACAUACCUGCAAGCUCGCACAUACCUGCAAGCUCGCACAUACCUGCAAGCUCGCACAUACCUGCAAGCUCGCACAUACCUGCAAGCUCGCACAUACCUGCAAGCUCGCACAUACCUGCAAGCUCGCACAUACCUGCAAGCUCGCACAUACCUGCAAGCUCGCACAUACCUGCAAGCUCGCACAUACCUGCAAGCUCGCACAUACCUGCAAGCUCGCACAUACCUGCAAGCUCGCACAUACCUGCAAGCUCGCACAUACCUGCAAGCUCGCACAUACCUGCAAGCUCGCACAUACCUGCAAGCUCGCACAUACCUGCAAGCUCGCACAUACCUGCAAGCUCGCACAUACCUGCAAGCUCGCACAUACCUGCAAGCUCGCACAUACCUGCAAGCUCGCACAUACCUGCAAGCUCGCACAUACCUGCAAGCUCGCACAUACCUGCAAGCUCGCACAUACCUGCAAGCUCGCACAUACCUGCAAGCUCGCACAUACCUGCAAGCUCGCACAUACCUGCAAGCUCGCACAUACCUGCAAGCUCGCACAUACCUGCAAGCUCGCACAUACCUGCAAGCUCGCACAUACCUGCAAGCUCGCACAUACCUGCAAGCUCGCACAUACCUGCAAGCUCGCACAUACCUGCAAGCUCGCACAUACCUGCAAGCUCGCACAUACCUGCAAGCUCGCACAUACCUGCAAGCUCGCACAUACCUGCAAGCUCGCACAUACCUGCAAGCUCGCACAUACCUGCAAGCUCGCACAUACCUGCAAGCUCGCACAUACCUGCAAGCUCGCACAUACCUGCAAGCUCGCACAUACCUGCAAGCUCGCACAUACCUGCAAGCUCGCACAUACCUGCAAGCUCGCACAUACCUGCAAGCUCGCACAUACCUGCAAGCUCGCACAUACCUGCAAGCUCGCACAUACCUGCAAGCUCGCACAUACCUGCAAGCUCGCACAUACCUGCAAGCUCGCACAUACCUGCAAGCUCGCACAUACCUGCAAGCUCGCACAUACCUGCAAGCUCGCACAUACCUGCAAGCUCGCACAUACCUGCAAGCUCGCACAUACCUGCAAGCUCGCACAUACCUGCAAGCUCGCACAUACCUGCAAGCUCGCACAUACCUGCAAGCUCGCACAUACCUGCAAGCUCGCACAUACCUGCAAGCUCGCACAUACCUGCAAGCUCGCACAUACCUGCAAGCUCGCACAUACCUGCAAGCUCGCACAUACCUGCAAGCUCGCACAUACCUGCAAGCUCGCACAUACCUGCAAGCUCGCACAUACCUGCAAGCUCGCACAUACCUGCAAGCUCGCACAUACCUGCAAGCUCGCACAUACCUGCAAGCUCGCACAUACCUGCAAGCUCGCACAUACCUGCAAGCUCGCACAUACCUGCAAGCUCGCACAUACCUGCAAGCUCGCACAUACCUGCAAGCUCGCACAUACCUGCAAGCUCGCACAUACCUGCAAGCUCGCACAUACCUGCAAGCUCGCACAUACCUGCAAGCUCGCACAUACCUGCAAGCUCGCACAUACCUGCAAGCUCGCACAUACCUGCAAGCUCGCACAUACCUGCAAGCUCGCACAUACCUGCAAGCUCGCACAUACCUGCAAGCUCGCACAUACCUGCAAGCUCGCACAUACCUGCAAGCUCGCACAUACCUGCAAGCUCGCACAUACCUGCAAGCUCGCACAUACCUGCAAGCUCGCACAUACCUGCAAGCUCGCACAUACCUGCAAGCUCGCACAUACCUGCAAGCUCGCACAUACCUGCAAGCUCGCACAUACCUGCAAGCUCGCACAUACCUGCAAGCUCGCACAUACCUGCAAGCUCGCACAUACCUGCAAGCUCGCACAUACCUGCAAGCUCGCACAUACCUGCAAGCUCGCACAUACCUGCAAGCUCGCACAUACCUGCAAGCUCGCACAUACCUGCAAGCUCGCACAUACCUGCAAGCUCGCACAUACCUGCAAGCUCGCACAUACCUGCAAGCUCGCACAUACCUGCAAGCUCGCACAUACCUGCAAGCUCGCACAUACCUGCAAGCUCGCACAUACCUGCAAGCUCGCACAUACCUGCAAGCUCGCACAUACCUGCAAGCUCGCACAUACCUGCAAGCUCGCACAUACCUGCAAGCUCGCACAUACCUGCAAGCUCGCACAUACCUGCAAGCUCGCACAUACCUGCAAGCUCGCACAUACCUGCAAGCUCGCACAUACCUGCAAGCUCGCACAUACCUGCAAGCUCGCACAUACCUGCAAGCUCGCACAUACCUGCAAGCUCGCACAUACCUGCAAGCUCGCACAUACCUGCAAGCUCGCACAUACCUGCAAGCUCGCACAUACCUGCAAGCUCGCACAUACCUGCAAGCUCGCACAUACCUGCAAGCUCGCACAUACCUGCAAGCUCGCACAUACCUGCAAGCUCGCACAUACCUGCAAGCUCGCACAUACCUGCAAGCUCGCACAUACCUGCAAGCUCGCACAUACCUGCAAGCUCGCACAUACCUGCAAGCUCGCACAUACCUGCAAGCUCGCACAUACCUGCAAGCUCGCACAUACCUGCAAGCUCGCACAUACCUGCAAGCUCGCACAUACCUGCAAGCUCGCACAUACCUGCAAGCUCGCACAUACCUGCAAGCUCGCACAUACCUGCAAGCUCGCACAUACCUGCAAGCUCGCACAUACCUGCAAGCUCGCACAUACCUGCAAGCUCGCACAUACCUGCAAGCUCGCACAUACCUGCAAGCUCGCACAUACCUGCAAGCUCGCACAUACCUGCAAGCUCGCACAUACCUGCAAGCUCGCACAUACCUGCAAGCUCGCACAUACCUGCAAGCUCGCACAUACCUGCAAGCUCGCACAUACCUGCAAGCUCGCACAUACCUGCAAGCUCGCACAUACCUGCAAGCUCGCACAUACCUGCAAGCUCGCACAUACCUGCAAGCUCGCACAUACCUGCAAGCUCGCACAUACCUGCAAGCUCGCACAUACCUGCAAGCUCGCACAUACCUGCAAGCUCGCACAUACCUGCAAGCUCGCACAUACCUGCAAGCUCGCACAUACCUGCAAGCUCGCACAUACCUGCAAGCUCGCACAUACCUGCAAGCUCGCACAUACCUGCAAGCUCGCACAUACCUGCAAGCUCGCACAUACCUGCAAGCUCGCACAUACCUGCAAGCUCGCACAUACCUGCAAGCUCGCACAUACCUGCAAGCUCGCACAUACCUGCAAGCUCGCACAUACCUGCAAGCUCGCACAUACCUGCAAGCUCGCACAUACCUGCAAGCUCGCACAUACCUGCAAGCUCGCACAUACCUGCAAGCUCGCACAUACCUGCAAGCUCGCACAUACCUGCAAGCUCGCACAUACCUGCAAGCUCGCACAUACCUGCAAGCUCGCACAUACCUGCAAGCUCGCACAUACCUGCAAGCUCGCACAUACCUGCAAGCUCGCACAUACCUGCAAGCUCGCACAUACCUGCAAGCUCGCACAUACCUGCAAGCUCGCACAUACCUGCAAGCUCGCACAUACCUGCAAGCUCGCACAUACCUGCAAGCUCGCACAUACCUGCAAGCUCGCACAUACCUGCAAGCUCGCACAUACCUGCAAGCUCGCACAUACCUGCAAGCUCGCACAUACCUGCAAGCUCGCACAUACCUGCAAGCUCGCACAUACCUGCAAGCUCGCACAUACCUGCAAGCUCGCACAUACCUGCAAGCUCGCACAUACCUGCAAGCUCGCACAUACCUGCAAGCUCGCACAUACCUGCAAGCUCGCACAUACCUGCAAGCUCGCACAUACCUGCAAGCUCGCACAUACCUGCAAGCUCGCACAUACCUGCAAGCUCGCACAUACCUGCAAGCUCGCACAUACCUGCAAGCUCGCACAUACCUGCAAGCUCGCACAUACCUGCAAGCUCGCACAUACCUGCAAGCUCGCACAUACCUGCAAGCUCGCACAUACCUGCAAGCUCGCACAUACCUGCAAGCUCGCACAUACCUGCAAGCUCGCACAUACCUGCAAGCUCGCACAUACCUGCAAGCUCGCACAUACCUGCAAGCUCGCACAUACCUGCAAGCUCGCACAUACCUGCAAGCUCGCACAUACCUGCAAGCUCGCACAUACCUGCAAGCUCGCACAUACCUGCAAGCUCGCACAUACCUGCAAGCUCGCACAUACCUGCAAGCUCGCACAUACCUGCAAGCUCGCACAUACCUGCAAGCUCGCACAUACCUGCAAGCUCGCACAUACCUGCAAGCUCGCACAUACCUGCAAGCUCGCACAUACCUGCAAGCUCGCACAUACCUGCAAGCUCGCACAUACCUGCAAGCUCGCACAUACCUGCAAGCUCGCACAUACCUGCAAGCUCGCACAUACCUGCAAGCUCGCACAUACCUGCAAGCUCGCACAUACCUGCAAGCUCGCACAUACCUGCAAGCUCGCACAUACCUGCAAGCUCGCACAUACCUGCAAGCUCGCACAUACCUGCAAGCUCGCACAUACCUGCAAGCUCGCACAUACCUGCAAGCUCGCACAUACCUGCAAGCUCGCACAUACCUGCAAGCUCGCACAUACCUGCAAGCUCGCACAUACCUGCAAGCUCGCACAUACCUGCAAGCUCGCACAUACCUGCAAGCUCGCACAUACCUGCAAGCUCGCACAUACCUGCAAGCUCGCACAUACCUGCAAGCUCGCACAUACCUGCAAGCUCGCACAUACCUGCAAGCUCGCACAUACCUGCAAGCUCGCACAUACCUGCAAGCUCGCACAUACCUGCAAGCUCGCACAUACCUGCAAGCUCGCACAUACCUGCAAGCUCGCACAUACCUGCAAGCUCGCACAUACCUGCAAGCUCGCACAUACCUGCAAGCUCGCACAUACCUGCAAGCUCGCACAUACCUGCAAGCUCGCACAUACCUGCAAGCUCGCACAUACCUGCAAGCUCGCACAUACCUGCAAGCUCGCACAUACCUGCAAGCUCGCACAUACCUGCAAGCUCGCACAUACCUGCAAGCUCGCACAUACCUGCAAGCUCGCACAUACCUGCAAGCUCGCACAUACCUGCAAGCUCGCACAUACCUGCAAGCUCGCACAUACCUGCAAGCUCGCACAUACCUGCAAGCUCGCACAUACCUGCAAGCUCGCACAUACCUGCAAGCUCGCACAUACCUGCAAGCUCGCACAUACCUGCAAGCUCGCACAUACCUGCAAGCUCGCACAUACCUGCAAGCUCGCACAUACCUGCAAGCUCGCACAUACCUGCAAGCUCGCACAUACCUGCAAGCUCGCACAUACCUGCAAGCUCGCACAUACCUGCAAGCUCGCACAUACCUGCAAGCUCGCACAUACCUGCAAGCUCGCACAUACCUGCAAGCUCGCACAUACCUGCAAGCUCGCACAUACCUGCAAGCUCGCACAUACCUGCAAGCUCGCACAUACCUGCAAGCUCGCACAUACCUGCAAGCUCGCACAUACCUGCAAGCUCGCACAUACCUGCAAGCUCGCACAUACCUGCAAGCUCGCACAUACCUGCAAGCUCGCACAUACCUGCAAGCUCGCACAUACCUGCAAGCUCGCACAUACCUGCAAGCUCGCACAUACCUGCAAGCUCGCACAUACCUGCAAGCUCGCACAUACCUGCAAGCUCGCACAUACCUGCAAGCUCGCACAUACCUGCAAGCUCGCACAUACCUGCAAGCUCGCACAUACCUGCAAGCUCGCACAUACCUGCAAGCUCGCACAUACCUGCAAGCUCGCACAUACCUGCAAGCUCGCACAUACCUGCAAGCUCGCACAUACCUGCAAGCUCGCACAUACCUGCAAGCUCGCACAUACCUGCAAGCUCGCACAUAA